AUGACCACCAACGCUCAGAACUACGCCGACGUCGAGAAGGACCAUGCUGGCCAUGACUCGGUCAACGGCAACCGGGGGUACGACCUGCACCACGAUCAUCACGAUGCCGACACUGCUCUCAAGCGGAUGAGAACCGCAGGCUCCCUGACCAUCACUCCUGAACUCUUCGAGAAGAUCUACCUGUCUCCCAAGAACCAGGUGUCUAACAACAUCCGGUCGACCUUUGGCAACCCUACUCCUCUCGCCCUUGUUGGUUUCUUGCUUUCGCUUACGCCACUCUCUAACAUCUUGAUGGGAUGGCGCGGCUCUGGUGGUCUUGGUGCUGCUGAGGUCGGUGUCUACUACUUCUUCGGUGGUCUUCUGAUGGUUCUCGGUGGCUUCCUCGAGUUCAUCCUGGGCAACACCUUCCCCUUUGUGGUUUUUGGCUCUUUCGGCGCCUUCUGGCUCACAUUCGGAGCAACCCUGACCCCUUUCUACAAUGCGGCCAUUGCCUACCAACCUUUGGAGCCCGAGACUGCCACCUCCGCCCCGCAGUUCAAUGCCACCUUCGCCUUCUUCCAGGUCUACAUGGGAGUCUUGUGCUUCGUCUACAUGAUUGUGGCGCUCCGCACCAAUCUUAUCUUCGUCAUGAUCUUCGCUCUCCUUGUCCCUGCAUUCGGCUGUCUCGCAGCGGUCUUCUUCCAGGCGUCUAAGGGUAUUGUGGCCACCAACAUCCAGACUACCGCCGGUGCAUUGACAUUCGUUGUUUGUCUUCUGGGCUGGUAUUUGUUCUUCGUGCAGCUCCUCGCUGCUGUUGACUUUCCCCUCAACCUUCCUGUCGGUGAUCUCAGCGGCUACAUCAAGGGUGCCAGCGAGCGUCGCAAGGAAGCCUAA